UGCACAUGCAUUUUCAUAUCCUUUCGGACAGAACAGCAUGAUGCUUCGUCUACGGGCGUCCACAGCCAUGCGCGGUCUGCGCAAGUCAACCAUCGCAGCUACAGGCUUGCCAACGUCUCGCCAACUGCACAUGAAGAUCUCUCCUGCAGUGAAGGAAGCCCUUCGUAUUGGGACGCCGUUAGUGGCGUUGGAGUCCACGAUCAUCAGCCAUGGCAUGCCGUUCCCUCAAAACUAUACGAUGGCGACGGAGGUGGAAGCGCUCAUUCGCGAGCAUGGCGCGUGUCCAGCCACAAUCGCCAUCUUGGACGGUGAGAUUUGUGUCGGGCUGUCCACGGAGCAGCUGCAUACGCUUGCAUCGUUCGGCAGCCAAGCUACGAAGUGCUCCACUCGAGACAUUGCCGCCGUGGUGGCGAGGCGGGGCACGGGGGCCACGACUGUGUCCAGCACCAUGUUUGUCUUCAUUCAUCCAUCGUUCUUUCUCAAAAGGUGCAUGUUCCUUGCAGGCGGAUUGCGCAUGCGGCGGGGAUCUCGGUGUUUGUCACGGGCGGCAUUGGCGGCGUCCAUCGCUGCGUGGAAGACACGAUGGACAUCUCCACGGACCUCAUGGAGCUGUCUCGCACGCCCGUGGCCGUGGUGUGCGCCGGCGUCAAGUCUAUCCUCGAUAUCCCCCGGACCCUCGAAUUUUUGGAAACUUAUGCCGUUCCAGUCGUGGGGUACCAGACCCGCGCGUUCCCAGCGUUCUUUACCACGUCCAGCGGCGGCGCCCAAGCCCAUAUUCAGCUCAACACUCCGCAAGAAGUGGCCUCGCUCAUCAAAACCAGCCAAGACCUAAACCUGCCCAAUGGAUUCCUCGUCGCAGUGCCCAACCCAGCGCCAGUCGACUCUGAAUUGAUCCACUCGGCCAUCCAGGAUGGGCUCCAAGAGUGCCGCGAUGAGCACAUUGCAGGCAACGCCGUUACGCCAUUCCUCUUGAAGCGUGUGAAUGAGCUGACACAGGGUGUGUCGUUGACGUCCAACAUUGCGCUGGUCAAGAACAACGCCCUGGUGGGGGCCAAGAUCGCCGUGGCGUUGGCAGCGACUCUCUCUGCUGCUACCCCACCCCAUACACCUGCAUCAUCAUGUCGAGAAGCAUCGUCUUCUUCGCAUGCUUCCGCUCGUCCAUCUCAUUCCAGCACGCCAGACGUGGUGGUUGUGGGUGGAGCAGUGCUGGAUGUGAUCUCGAAGCCCACGACACAGUUCAUACGUGGGACUUCCAACAUUGGCCUCACCAAGCAGACAUGGGGCGGCGUGGGGCGUAACGUAGCCGAGUGCUUGCAUCGACUGGAUGUGCCCGUGCUGCUCGUGUCCAACAUCGGCAAGGAUGCAUGUGGCCACGGCCUUUUGCGCCAACUGGACAGCCUCCACAUGGACCCAUCGGGCGUGAUAUCCUCGUCAGCUCAUGCCACUGCCACGUACUGCGCCGUGUUGAACUCUAGCGGCGAUCUGGACGUGGCGAUUGCCGAUAUGGCCAUCCUACAUGACCUUGAAUGGGACGACACGGCCGCCGCCAAGAUGGACACGGCGCGCGUGGUGGUGUUUGAUGGGAACCUGUCGCCGGCCAAGAUGGCGCGGGUCACGCGACCGCCUCAGCCCAAGUCACUGAACCCGCGGCGGCUGUUGUGGUUUGAACCAACCUCCGUGGAGAAAGCAGUUCGAGUGACUGCAGUGUUGCAUCGGGUGCAUGUCGUGUCGCCCAACGUCGACGAACUGCGCGCCAUGUGCGAGGCGUUGCCAAAGGACACUGGCCGAGUGGAUCAAGGGCUGGCGGCGGCGGCGGCGCGGCUUCUUCCCGUGGACAAUGGCCCCCAAGUCAUACGCGAUGUGGCCACGGUCGCGAGAUGCAUGCGUGGAGAUAACGACGAAGGCGAUGUGCAUGUGGUGGUGACCAUGGGGCGGCAUGGAGUGCUCGUUGGAACGACGUCUGGUCAUGUGAACGUUGCUGACGAACGCGAUGCGACGUUGCUCGGCAAGGUUGGCGAUCUGACGUAUGUGUACCUGCCAGGGAUUCCCAUGGCGGUGGCUAAUUGCACAGGAGCAGGCGACAGCUUUGUGGGCGGAGCGGUCUAUGGACUGCUCCAGGGCUAUGACAUCGUCCGCAGCAGUAAGCUGGGUAUGAUUGCCGCGCGAAAGAGCAUUGGGUCCGAGUUUCCCAUCCACCCCAACUUGUCCCCACACGACUUUGCCUGAUUGAUGUCAACCUAACUCAAACUCGUCACUCCAUGCAUGUGCUCCUGUUGAAACGUUCGCAUCUACCUACCAUACACAUACAUGGCACCCACCAC